GGUGCCAGGAACUGGCCACGUGCCGCUAUAGAGUCAAACGGUGACCCUGCCAGGGAACCCGGCGGGAGGGCCUAAGCGGAGGAAGUCCGAGCGCCCAGAGGUGAGUGUCCCCCGGGCCCCACCUGCGGAGGGGCCGGCCUGGGCUCGAACCUGGCACUUCCGGGAAAUGGCAGCUGCCAAGCCCAGCCUGGGCCGAGUCUUCCCAGGAUCGUCUAUCCUGUUCCUGUGCGACAUGCAGGAGAAGUUCCGCCACCACAUUGCCUACUUCCCGCAGAUCGUCUCGGUGGCCGCUCGCAUGCUCAGGGUGGCCCAGCUGCUGGAGGUGCCAGCCUUGCUGACAGAGCAGUACCCAGAAGGCCUGGGCCCCACGGUGCCUGAACUGGGGGCCGAGGGCCUGCGGCCACUUACCAAGACCUGCUUCAGCAUGGUGCCCGCCCUGCAGCAGGAGCUGGACAGCCGGCGCCAGCUGCGCUCUGUGCUGCUCUGUGGCAUUGAGACACAGGCCUGCAUUUUGAACACGGCCCUGGACCUCCUGGACCAGGGGCUGCAGGUCCACGUAGUGGUGGACGCCUGCUCCUCACGCAGCCAGGUGGACCGGCUGGUGGCGCUGGCCCGAAUGCGGCAGAGCGGUGCCUUCCUCUCCACCAGCGAAGGGCUCAUUCUGCAGCUCGUGAGAGAUGCUGCCCACCCCAAGUUCAAGGAGAUCUCGAAGCUUAUCAAGGAGCCUGCCCCGGACAGUGGACUGCUGAGCCUCUUCCAAGGCCAGAACUCCCUCCUCCAAUGAACUCCCGCCUUCUUGAGGAAAGACCACCCUCCCAUCACCCAGUGGACCCCCGUCCCUGGAUCCCAAGAGUGGUGUAGUCCACCAGGAGUGCCGCCCUCUUGGGAGGGGAGGCGUUAUGCCACGUUCCCAUUGGGCGGCUGCUCCCGGAAAUGCAAAUGAGACUCCUGGAAGCUGGGCGGGAGUUGGCUGAGCGGAGAUGAAGGCGGGGCUCAGUCCCCGGGCCACUUCACAAGGCGGGAAGGGGAGGGGGAAGGAGUGUCACAGACUGUGGGACAUGGACUUGCAGAAUAAACAUUGAUGUGACUGUGGA